AUGUCUGCAGAUAACUGCACUGCUGUGACUGAAUUGAUUCUUUUGGGGUUAACAGAUGAUCCAACUCUUCGUGUCAUCCUCUUUGUGAUAUUUCUAGGUGUCUAUGUUAUCACCUUAGUUGGUAAUGUUAGUAUAAUCAUGUUGAUCAGGAAUAGCUCCCAACUUCACACUCCAAUGUAUCUUUUCCUUAGUCACUUGGCUUUUGUGGACUCUGCAUAUUCCUCAUCUGUCACACCUGUUAUGCUCAAGACCUUCCUUGUGGACAAAACCCUAGUCCCUUUGGAAUGUUGUGUGUCCCAAAUGUUCUGUGGUACUACCUUUGGGAUAGCCGAGUACUUUUUGCUGGCUGUGAUGGCCUAUGAUCGGUACAUGGCCAUCUGCAAUCCACUACUUUACUCCAUCAACAUGUCUCCUAAGGUCUGCACUCUAUUACUCAUCACAUCCUACCUGGGUGGUUGUGUAGGUGCUUGGAUCUUCGCUGGCUGUAUAUUGAAUCGGUCCUUCUGUGGACCCAAUAAGAUUAAUCAUUUUUUCUGUGAUUUUCCACCACUUUUGAAACUUUCCUACUCUCCACAUAAUCUUGCUGAAAUUUUACCUUCUGCCUUCACUGGGUCAGUGAUUAUGAUUACGGUGUUAAUUAUCAUAAUUUCUUACAUGUAUAUUUUCUUCUCUGUUCUGAAGAUAAGUUCUACUGAGGGAAGAUCCAAAGCUUUCUCAACUUGCACCUCCCACCUUACAGCAGUCACUCUCUACUAUUCGACCACUGCAUUCAUUUAUGUGAUGCCUAAGUCAAGCUACUCAGAAGAUGAGAAUAAAGUGGUGUCUGUUUUCUACCUUGUAAUAAUCCCCAUGUUGAACCCCCUGAUCUACAGUCUAAGGAACAAUGAAGUAAAAAGGGCCCUCAGAAAACUGAUGAAUAGGAAUUGUUCUUUUUAA